AUGGAUUCUUCCAUCAAAUCUCAAGGCUACAAUCGCUAUGCUGUAGACUUCCUCUCAGCAGUGAACGGCCCCUCAUCUCCGAAUUACUCACAUCCUCCGCCCCAGUACACUCCUCGCGAUUCGUAUCCCAUUCCGCAGUCACUUCAGACCGCCAAGCAGAGCGAAUACUAUUCCAACCGACCGAUGGCCACACAGGAGUCGGCGAAUUCAAUUCGGCAGGAUGAGUACCAUCACUACCGAACCAAUCCCAACUUUUAUCACAACCGUGAUCCGCCUCUGGCAGCGGACCGAAAUGCAUCAAUAGCAACGCAGAACGAGCACCACUGCUACAAAAACCAGCCCGAGUUUUAUCACCAUCGACGUGACGGUUUAAAUAAUGCUUCGACAGCACCUCAGGGCAUACCGAUGGGGAUGCAAAUAGCUACGGCCACUGAGAAUAAACUAGGCCAAGUGGCACAGCAACGAGGCUUCUACUAUGCCCGGCCACCUCUUCCAGGGAAUGGCCAAUUUGUCUCACCUGUAUGA